UGAGUCAGCCAGCGGACGCUACACCAGAGGCGGCCCUCGCCGUGCUCAGGGGACAGAGCUGACCGCCCCCACCGGGUAGGUUUCCACUGCGCACGAUCUGCCCAGCCCCUUUGGCGUCGUGACCGGAGUGCCCACGUCGGAGAGCCAUCAAAUCGAGGGGACCAGGAUUAGGGGUGGCCGCAGCUGUCACGGGGAGAGCAGCUGCCGGGGCUGGCGCAGCCAGGGAGGGCCUGCGUCCCGGGCGGUGCACUCUGGGCAGGCGGCCUUCGCUGUGGCCCAGCGGGUGGCGUCGGCCACUUCCUGCCGGAGGACUGCAGGGGCCCCAGAAGGGCGCCCCUCGCGCAGACGGGGCUGGCGCUGCGCAGGGAUGAAUGAGUGUCGCGGCAAGGGCGCCUCCCCACCCUUUGCUCGCUUUGGCUGCACCGCAAGGCCGACAGAAAGGCGCGAGCCGGGCGCGUGCAAGUCCAGGUUUGGCUGGCACUGAUUUGGGCCUGUGGUCCAGAAUGGUUUGUUCCUGGGACCAGACCUGACCAGAAGUGACCUCAUGAGCACAUCACCCUCUCCAGCUGCCAUGCUGCUCCGGAGGCUGAGGCGGCUCUCCUGGGGCAGCACUGCUGUCCAGCUUUUCAUCUUAACAGUGGUGACGUUCGGCCUACUGGCCCCCCUGGCCUGUCACCGGCUGCUUCACUCCUACUUCUAUCUUCGCCAUUGGCAUCUCAACCAAAUGAGCCAGGAGUACCUGCAACAGAGCUUAAAAGAGGGUGAAGCUGCCCUCCACUACUUUGAAGAGCUGCCCUCCGCCAACGGCUCAGUGCCCAUCGUCUGGCAGGCCACCCCCCGCCCCUGGCUUGUCAUCACCAUCGUCACUGUGGACAGGCAACCCGGCUUCCACUACGUCUUGCAGGUGGUGUCCCAGUUCCACCGGCUUCUUCAACAGUGUGGCCCCCAGUGUGAGGGCCACCAGCUCUUCCUGUGCAACGUGGAACGCAGUGUGAGCCAUUUCGAUGCCAAGCUGCUGUCCAAGUACGUCCCUGUGGCCAACCGCUACGAGGGCACUGAGGAUGAUUACGGGGAUGACCCCUCAACCAACUCGUUUGAAAAAGAGAAGCAGGACUACGUCUAUUGCCUGGAGUCCUCCCUGCAGACCUACAACCCAGACUACGUCCUGAUGGUGGAGGACGACGCCAUUCCAGAAGAGCAGAUCUUCCCAGUCUUGGAGCACCUUCUGCGGGCGCGGCUCUCCGAGCCGCACCUCAGAGAUGCCCUCUAUCUAAAGCUCUAUCAUCCCGAGAGGCUCCAGCACUACAUCAACCCAGAGCCCAUGCGGAUCCUGGAGUGGGUCGGCGUGGGCAUGGUGCUAGGGCCCUUACUAACCUGGAUAUACAUGCGGUUUGCCAGCCGGCCGGGGUUUAGCUGGCCCGUCAUGCUCUUCUUCUCCCUGUACAGCAUGGGUCUGGUGGAACUGGUGGGCCGGCACUACUUCCUGGAGCUGCGGCGGCUGAGUCCCUCCCUGUACAGCGUGGUCCCUGCUUCUCAGUGCUGCACCCCAGCCAUGCUCUUCCCUGCCCCUGCAGCCCGCCGGACCCUCACCUACCUGUCCCAGGUGUACUGCCACCAGGGCUUUGGCAAGGACAUGGCACUGUACUCACUGUUGAGGGCCAAGGGGGAGCGGGCCUACGUGGUGGAGCCUAACCUUGUGAAACACAUCGGGCUCUUCUCCAGCCUCCGGUACAACUUCCAUCCCAGUCUGCUCUAGCAGGCCAAGAAACGCCUUUCUGAAAUUGGCGGCUUCUUGGAUAUUCCAAUAUUGAGACAUGGCUGCUUGCAGAUACUUCCUUGUUUAAUGCUGCUGGGGAUAUAGGCACUAGGGACAUCAGAGGAACUGACCAGUCAAGAACCUUGGCUUUGUUUAACUCGCUGCCAGGAGCAGCGGUUGUCCACAGGUCUGGCUCUCUGCCCCUCCACACAGCCACACUGCCUCAUGCAGCCUGACCCACCAAACGAGGGGGCAUUGAAAUACCAGUUGUAUUCUCCAGUUUUCAGCUCUGCUUUGGGACAGAGCCUGUGACUACCAAAAAUAUUGUGCACAGUGAUGUGACAGUGUUAGGAUUUUAAGAGUAGAAGUUGGUGAAAGGUGAGAUCCUUUUGAAUUGAUUUCUUUCUCACUGGGCAUGAGAAUGAAUGUAUGUUUAGAAUUUAUGUCUAUAGAAGCAGGACCAUGUCGAUAGAUUCCACUUGUUUCCUUGACCUGGUAUGAUAAAAGCUGUGUGGGGCCCUGCAUCUUGGA